AACGCGCGAGAAAGUCCGUAUCCCCGGCAGUACCAGUACCAGACAGGGGGUCCCGCCAGGGCCCGAAGACCAGCGUGGCCCCAAAGAGGAGCCGGGCCUUGUCGGGUGCAGAAAAGGAACCUGCAUCGGAAGCCAGCCCGCCCCGAGGUAGACGGAAUGACUCUUCGGCGGGAGCCCAGCCUGGGACCGUCAGGAGGGAUGCCUCGCCACAGCACGACUCUGCAUCUCAUGGCAGGCGGAUUUGGUGGAACAGCAGGAGCCAUUCUGACUUGCCCCCUGGAGGUGGUGAAGACCCGCCUGCAGUCCUCCACCUUGGCCCCGAGGCCCCUUUGCCUACCUGCAGUGCAGUUGCAAGGAGUGAAUGGAACAUUUGUCCGCCCAGGACUCCCCAGGAUCGGGUUCCUUGAACUACUAAGAAUCAUUCUAGAGAAGGAAGGCGUCCGCUCCCUGUUUCGAGGCCUAGGACCUAAUCUUAUUGGGGUUGCUCCUUCCAGGGCCAUUUAUUUUGCUGCAUAUUCAGGAGCUAAGGAGAGACUCAACACAGUGCUUAUGCCAGAGUCCAAGAAAGUUCACAUGAUUUCAGCGGCUUGUGCAGGCGUCACAUCCGCCACUUUGACCAAUCCCAUCUGGUUAGUGAAGACCAGGAUGCAACUGGAGGCCAGGGGCAGAAAUGAGAGGUGUACCAGUGGCCUUCAGUGUGCCAUGCGCGUCUACUAUACAGAAGGCCUGCGAGGCUUUUACCGCGGGGUCACUGCCUCCUAUGCUGGUGUCACUGAAACUGUGAUCCACUUUGUGCUUUAUGAGGCUUUGAAGCAGCGACUCAGGGAACAUCAGCUGCUCCUGACUCCAGCGGUUAUCGUAUCACCCAACAGCCAAGAUUUCUGUGGGCUGAUGGCAGCAGCGGCUGUCUCCAAAACAUGUGCUUCGUGCAUUGCCUAUCCACAUGAGGUGGUUCGGACACGGCUACGUGAGGAGGGACGUCGCUACCGCUCCUUUGUGCAAACUCUGCAGCUUGUGGCCAGAGAAGAAGGCCCUUUAGCUCUUUAUCGUGGGCUUUCAGCUCAUCUCCUUCGUCAGAUCCCCAACGCUGUGAUCGUUAUGGUUACCUAUGAGCUGAUUAUUCACUUGGCAACCAAAAUGUGAUACUUUCCCAUUCUUGCCAGGUGGCUGAAGCUGUUAAAGGCUUUUAAGGGUAUGGUGCUUUGAUGGGUACACUUCCCCAUUCCCUUACAGCAUAGUAAGCGUUGCAAGAAAAGCCUAGAAACUCAGGAGCCUUCCAUAAUACAUGGUUUUGAAGACUGGAUAAGUGAAAGACAUCUUCAACUGCUUUGGGCCUUUAUCAUACGCUUACAUGGACAAAGGAGGGAGCACAGGUCACAAACUUGGAUAGAUGUGGAAUUUACUAUGCAGAAAUGUGGUUUGAAGAAAACCUCUCUCUGCUGGAUACUUCCAGGGUCCCGCAGGCCAGGAGGUCAGCAUACUCAUCAUGCGGUUUGGUGCACUGAAAGUGUUAUGCUGUGCACUUCCUAGGGCCGGAGCUAAUCUGGGACAAUACAGAGUUUUUAAGAAAAGCAGUAAAAAGAAAAUUAGGACAUUUUAUUGGAAGAGUAGUAAUUUUAAUCCCAAAUUUGAGCUCUCCAUCAGUAUCGGCCAAUGAUCAGAACUUUACAGCAAUAUUUCUCCUCUUAGCCCACAAGAAUAGCAAGUUGCUUAUCCUCUGAAGGUAGGUGGGGUACUUGUGCCCUCCCAAUUCACGUUCAUGUCUUUCUCCCUGUCAAUAAGCAACAUAGUGACAUUAAGGACCAGAAAGUAAGUCUCCUGAAAUACAUUAUUCAUGGACUACCUUUCUAUUUAUCUUCUGGGGCUUUGUUUACAUUUCUUGAUUUGUAGAUUUUACCUCCCUAACAGGAGGGUAAAAGAAAAAGCAAGUGGAGAAGAAAACAAUAUGCUGGCAACUAGUAUGCAAAAUUCUCCAUGUGGGAGAGAGCUGUACAAUGUUGGUGAGGAGAAUAUCCUGAAGUCAGAAUCUAGCACAUAAGUGGAAAGCUUCUGCAUGGAUUUCUGGCUCUGUGAGCUUAAAAAAAUGCAAAAAACCCAAAAAGAAUAAAACUGCAGUUUUGAGAUUUCGCUCAUUUAUCAAAACACACUGUAUCAUA